CCGGGGGGGGCAACAGGCCAAAAUCCUGCACAUGAUGGACGACAACAAGCAGCUGGCGCUGCGCAUCGACGGGGCGCUGCAGGCGGCGGGCCAGGAGGUGACGGCGCUGCGCGCCGAGCUGGCGGCCACCGGCCGGCGCCUGGCCGAGCUGGGCAGCGACCCGGCCAUGGAGCACGGCCCGCACGGCGCUCAAGCGCUGCUGCGGGAGGAGGUGGCCCAGCUGCAGGAGGAGGUCCACCUGCUCCGGCAAAUGAAGGAAAUGCUGACCAAGGACCUGGAGGAGACACACGGCAGCAAGUCCCCGGAGGUGCUCUCGGCCACCGAGCUGAAGGUGCAGCUGGCACAGAAGGAGCAGGAGCUGGCACGUGCCAAGGAGGCUCUGCAGGCCAUGAAAGCCGACCGCAAGCGCUUGAAGGGGGAGAAGACGGACCUGGUGAGCCAGAUGCAGCAGCUGUACGCCACGCUGGAGAGCCGGGAGGAGCAGCUCCGGGACUUCAUCCGCAACUACGAGCAGCACAGGAAAGAGAGCGAGGACGCAGUGAAAGCCCUGGCGAAGGAGAAGGACCUCCUGGAGCGGGAGAAGUGGGAGCUGCGGCGACAAGCCAAGGAGGCGACGGACCACGCCAGUGCCCUCCGCUCCCAGCUCGACCUGAAGGACAACCGCAUGAAAGAGCUGGAGGCCGAGCUGGCCAUGGCCAAGCAAUCCCUGGCCACGCUGACCAAGGACGUCCCCAAGCGCCAUUCCUUGGCCAUGCCGGGCGAGACGGUGCUGAACGGGAACCAGGAGUGGGUGAUGCAGGCUGACCUCCCGCUCACCGCCGCCAUCCGGCAGAGCCAGCAGACCCUGUACCACUCACACCCCCAGCACUCGGCGGACCGGCAAGCCGUCAGAGUGAGCCCCUGCCACUCCCGGCAGCCGUCCAUCAUCUCCGACGCCUCCGCGGCCGAGGGCGACCGGUCGUCCACGCCGAGUGACAUCAACUCCCCCCGGCAUCGAACACACUCGCUCUGCAACGGGGACAGUCCUGGACCGGUACAGAAGAACUUGCACAACCCAAUCGUACAGUCUCUAGAGGACCUGGAAGACCAAAAACGGAAAAAGAAGAAAGAGAAGAUGGGCUUUGGCUCCAUCUCCAGGGUGUUUGCCCGGGGGAAGCAGCGCAAGUCCCUCGACCCGGGGCUCUUCGACGGGACGGCCCCCGACUACUACAUCGAGGAGGAUGCGGACUGGUGACCCCCCCUGUGCCGGGCGGCUGCCACUGUACAUAUCCCCCACCUGUGGACGUGUUACCUGUUGUCUUGGGAGCGAUGCAGCUGUGUCGUAACUUCAGUUUUUCCCCCUGUUUUUUUUUUUUCCCAUGUUUUUGUUUUUUUUUUCAUUUUUUUUCCCCAUCCCGGUAACUCCUUUCGUUGUCGCUUCAGUUCGUCAGUUUUGGGGGUGUUUUUUUGUUCUUUGUUUUUUUGUUGUUUUUUUUUGUUGUUCUCUUCUCUUUUUCUUUUGACAAAACUUGAAACUUGAAGGACUGCUGUGUCUCUGUAAAUACCAGAAAUAUUGUGCACUUUGUGCUUGUGACGUCUCUUGUCCGAAACCCGCUGUUUUCCGGAGCCCAGCCCGCGGGAUGUCCUCGCUUGGGGACGAAGGACCUGCCCAGCUGAGGGACCUUAGAGGGGAAAACACACAAAAACAACAACAUCAUCAACAACAACAACAACAACAAAAUCUCCUUCGCUGUGAUGUCUUCCUGGCCGAGCACCCGGGCUGGUUGUAACGCCUGCCGGUCUGGAAAUAAGUGUUUUAACGUUCCUUUUUAGUUGUUUUAAUUUAUUUGCACAAACCCAGAGGAGCUAUUCUAACUAAAUUAUUGCAGAAGUUUUGGGAUUUUUAUAUUUUUCCACGUCGGUUGGGAUGGGGCGGGAGGAGGAAGGGGGUGUUUGUACUGUAUUGUCCUGGGAAGCUGCUGUUGUGGGGGGGAGGAGGAGGGGGGAAUUGGGGGGUGUCAGAGCCGUGGACCCCCCCCACCCUGGGCUCCCUCGGCUUCCCCAGGAGCACUUAACGCCUUGGAAAACCUAAAUACGUGCCGGGAAAUCAGACGGGAGGGGGUGGGGAAGCUGGUGAGGAGCUUUGCCCGCUGUUUUUCCCUGCUUUUUGGGGGCUCACCCUUUGCUUCAAGUAAAAUUUAGGGGGAUUUGGCACGAGCUGGGAGCAGGGGAAAGGUGAUAUCCCGAAAUAUCCCGUGUCCCUAGAAGUUUCCCCGACAGGGCCGACCACCCCUCUCCAGUUUGGGGUGUUACCGCUGCCAUGGGGUGGGGUGAGGGGAGGGGGGAGAGUGGGGGAGAAAUUGGUACGAAUUCCUACCGGGGAGGUUUUUCUGGCUCUGGGGUGAUUUUGAAGCACAGGUGGAGCUUGUGCUUCCGAAAAAAUCCCUUGGAAAUGCCCCAAAACCACACCCCCCCCCAACCCUCCCCCCACCGGCGCGGCGGCCGCUUCCCCUCCCCACUAACACGCGCCGCGCUCUGCUUAUGCCAAGAUAAGUACCUUAUGCUUUAAUGCUUAUGAUAUAAUUUUAAGCUCUUAAAAGGAAAAAAAAAAAUGUAUUAAGAUUUUAUUUAAUGAACUAUAAUAGUGUAUUAUUUUUCUUAAUUCCGAUGGCGCGCGCCCUGGUUGAGACGGAAAAAAAGGGGUUUUUCGUCUUAAAUCGCCGAUGCCCUCGCGCUGUGUAUUCCUGCUCGUGGGAUGAUGCAGAGAGGCCAUGGAGGGGGUGUCAGAGGGACCAGCCCCCCCAGGCUCUUUUCUCUCUGCAGAGAAGCAUUUUUAUACGUUUUGUUGGGGUUUUUUUUUUGGGGGGGUUGUUUUGUUGGUUCGGUUUUUGUUUGUUUUGUUUUCUUUUUUUUUUCUGGUUCUUGCGUUUUUAUAAUUUAAACUCUAAACCACCCGAAGAGAUGAGCAAUCUCCUUGUUACCGAGUAGUUUCCUUUGCAUUUCAGCUUUUUUUGUAAAUUAGGAAAUAAUUCUAAAAAUUACUAAGAGGAUGAUUUAUUUAAAAGAGAACUUUGCUAAAUAGCAUAUGAAUUAUGGGUAACAUUAGAGUUAACUUUUCCCCCCGUGAGCGGGGGAGAAUCCUUGAAGGCAUGGAUGCAAAUAUAAAAUUAUAAAAGAUCUAAAUAAAGCUUAUUUUAAAGUACA